CUUAAUUCCACCGGAGGUUAUUCACAGAAAGUGAUUUACUGGAGCGCCUGCGCGGCAAAUCGUAACAGAUAGAAUGAGCAGACGAGUGGGCGACCUCAGCCCGAAGCAGGUGGACAUUUUAGCCGAGUUUCGGGAGCGGAUUGAGGACAUUCUCCCAGACCUUCCCGCGCAGCAUGAUCACUACCUGCUCCGCUGGCUCCGAGCCCGAAGCUUCAAUGUUCAGAAAGCAGAGGCGAUGCUUAGAAAGCAUCUGGAGUUCAGGAAACACAUGAAAGCAGACAGCAUCAUCGCUGACUGGAGGCCUCCUGAGGUGAUUGAACGGUAUGUGUCCGGGGGAAUGUGUGGGUACGACCUCGAGGGAAGUCCCAUCUGGUACGAUGUCAUUGGGCCCCUGGACCCCAAAGGUCUGCUCCUGUCCUGCACCAAACAGGACUUCAUGAGGACCAAGAUCAGAGACACAGAGAUGCUCCGCAGAGAGUGUCAGAAACAGACAGAGAAGUUGGGGGUUAAUGUGGAGGCGAUAACCCUGAUCUAUGACUGUGAGGGACUGGGCCUGAAGCACCUGUGGAAGCCUGCUUUAGAGGCCUAUGGAGAGAUCCUUACCAUGUUUGAGGAGAACUAUCCUGAAGGACUCAAGAGGGUGUUUCUCAUCAAGACUCCUAAGCUAUUCCCGAUGGCCUACAACCUGGUCAAACAAUUCCUUAGUGAAGAGACACGUCAUAAGAUCAUCAUUCUGGGAUCUAACUGGCAGGAGGUGUUACUUAAGCACAUUGACUCGGAGCAACUCCCGGUGGCGUACGGAGGAACCCUUACUGACCCUGAUGGUGACCCUCGCUGUCGCACCAUGAUAAACUACGGCGGUACGGUGCCCAGGUCGUACUAUGUUCAGGACAAUAUGGUCAAGGUCCAGUACGACAACAGUGUGACCAUCAGCCGAGGCUCCGCCUUCACACUGGAGUAUGACAUCACCACCCCCAGCAGCAUCCUCAGGUGGCAGUUUGCCAGUGAUGGGGCAGACAUAGGCUUUGGGGUGUUCAUGCGGACCCAGGAGGGGGGUGGGGCUCAGAAGGUGGGGGAUAUGCUGCAGGUGGUGCCUAGUGAACGCUACAACUCACACAUGGUCCCAGAGGACCGCUCACUCACCUGCCCCGAGCCUGGAACUUAUGUGCUGCGUUUUGACAACACCUACAGCGUGCUGCAGUCGAAGAAGAUCAGCUACACUGUCAAUGUUCUACUGCCAGACGGACAGACACAGAGCCCUAGGAGUAUCAGAGGGGAUGGACGGCUGGAGUAACACACACACAACACACACACACACACACACACGUACUGACAGACAGACACAGAGCCCUAGGAGUAUCAGAGGGGAUGGACGGCUGGAGUAACACACACACACAACACACAACACACACUGACAGACAGACACAGAGCCCUAGGAGUAUCAGAGGGGAUGGACGGCUGGAGUAACACACACACAACACACACACACACACACACACGUACUGACAGACAGACACAGAGCCCUAGGAGUAUCAGAGGGGAUGGACGGCUGGAGUAACACACACACACAACACACAACACACACUGACAGACAGACACAGAGCCCUAGGAGUAUCAGAGGGGAUGGACGGCUGGAGUAACACACACACACACACACACACACACACACGUACUGACAGACAGACACAGAGCCCUAGGAGUAUCAGAGGGGAUGGACGGCUGGAGUAACACACACACAACACACACACACACACACUAACAGACAGACACAGAGCCCUAGGAGUAUCAGAGGGGAUGGACGGUUGGAGUAACACACACACACGUACUGACAGACAGACACAGAGCCCCAGGAGAGAGGGGCCACACACAUGCCCACACACAAACACGAAUAUGAGAUCUGGGGUAGUGAAGAUAGCAAUGUAGAGUAUACAGUGCAGUUUAAACACCUCUGUUCUCAGUUAUGAGCAUUAGCUAUUAUGACAGGACAUUUUCCAAUGCUUUUCUAGAAAAAAGGAUCUGUACAAGCAUUUUGUACACGAGUCACGUUGGGUUUGAGUUAGAACUAUACGUCUUUGUUUUAUAGUAUUGUGUGAAUGGAAGACAGUUUUCAGCACAGAAAAGACACUUUGUUAUAUCGGCUACAUUAGUUCAAUGUAAAAAGACAAACGGUGCAUGUGGAAGGAAUGAAGGAAUGAUUAUGAAGUGGAGCAAUGAAUAUGGUUUUGUGUUUUCACUAACGAUGCUUCUUAUGAACAGUUUCAUUAACAAUUGUAUUAAUUGACAGCCGAUAGAUACAUAUCUUUAUUGGUUUUUACUAUUAUAGCAACCCAAAGAGAGGAUUCUUACACAAUGUUAAGAUGCACUCAUUGUCAAUGGGUGGUUUUAAUAGAUCAGUCAUUCUAGAAAGACUAUCUCAUGAUCUUAAAAUAUUUAUUUUCAAAAUGCAAGUUGAAUACUGAAAAUGUUUAAGAUGUUUCUUGACUUCAAAUUUUGUAGUAUCAUGACAUUUUAAAUGUUCUUGUACCAUGAUUAUUUUUUUGAAGAAUAAAUGUUAUUUGACUGCGCUAUUUUAAAAGCGCUGCCCAAUCA